AUGAGCUGGUUCAGCCGUUCAAGCUCGGAACAAUCUCCAGCUGCAACAAGGCAGGACCGCAAGAAAUGCUGGGAAAGUCGUGACCAAUAUUUUGAAUGCCUGGAUGGCGCUGGUGUUCUCACUGCCGGAGAAGAAGGGACAGCAUGCACCAAAUCAAAGUUUCGGUACGAAAAGAGCUGUGCCAAAAGCUGGAUUGAUUAUUUCAACAAAAGGAGAGUUCUCGCUGAGAAACAGAAGGAUAUGCUUGCACAAUCUCAGCUCCAAUCGCAGGAAGCCAAUCGCAAACUGUAG